UGACGUCAACGUUUUUAUCGUGUGGCAUCGCGAGGACUGGUGUGUUCGAAACUUUUCAAGUUUUAGUUUAGAGCGCGCCUUGCGAGCAUCAACAAUCAAAGUGAUAGCAAAAAUGAUUCGAAGGGUAGUUUUGGUAGUUUUCGCUCUAGGGGUUUUAGCAAAUUGUGAGGAAGAUAAAAAGCCGGAACUAAAAAUCGACGUUUCUUUUAAACCGGAAGUUUGCGAAGUCAAAAGUAAAAAUGGGGACAUGCUGACGAUGCACUAUACCGGUACUUUGGUUGAUGGUACCAAAUUCGAUUCAAGUUUAGACCGCGAACAACCCUUUACCUUCCAACUAGGAGUGGGCCAGGUGAUUAAAGGGUGGGACGAAGGCUUGAAAGAAAUGUGCGUAGGCGAAAAAAGGCAACUUACUAUUCCUCCUCACCUUGGCUACGGAGACAAAGGAGCAGGAAAUGUUAUUCCUGGAAAAGCUACCCUACAUUUUGAGGUUGAACUAAUCAACAUUGGAGACACCCCACCAACAACAAACGUCUUCAAGGAAAUCGACGCCGAUGCCGAUAACCAACUCAGUCGUGAUGAGGUGAGUGAGUAUCUUAAAAAGCAAAUGGUAGCAGCCGACAAUGGUAACCCGAGCGAAGAAGUGAAAAAUAUGCUAGCGGAACACGACAAACUCGUCGAAGAAAUUUUCCAGCACGAAGAUAAAGACAAAAACGGAUUUAUUUCGCACAACGAAUUCUCCGGACCCAAACACGACGAACUUUAAAUUGGUUUUUAGUUUUGUAUAAAAAGAAAAUAAAUUAAAAUAUAUUCCAAUUUUUGAUACCUCGACUUAGAUGAUAAGGAGUUGUAGAUUUUAUUUUUGUUAUCUACCUCUAUAAUUUUGCACAAGUUAAUUUGCCAAAAUUUAGAGUUUCUUCGUUCUUUUUCUUUU